CUCCACUUUUCCUCAGAGGCGCGGUGUCUGCCUCCCAUCACACUCCUUGCGCUCGCCGGGAGCGCCGAAUCGGAGCGAGAAAGCACGAAGUUGACCGCUAUGGGGCGAGCGCCUUGGCUUCCCCUCUUGCUCCUCGCAGUCGCCCUGAGCCGGUGCGGUUCUUUACUUGGGCAGCCCCGACGGUCGCAGCAGCGCCCGCAGCAGCAACAAGCAGCGCCGCAACAACGAGGUUUGUUUCCUGCAGUGCUGAACUUGGCUUCUAAUGCUCUCAUCACCGCAAAUGCUACCUGUGGAGAAAGAGGUCCACAAAUGUACUGUAAGCUGGUGGAACAUGUCUCUCGCCAGCCAGCAAGAAACCCUCAAUGCCGCAUCUGUGACCAGCGUAGUAGGAAUCCAAACUUGAGACACCCCAUAUCAAAUGCAAUUGAUGGCAAGAAUACAUGGUGGCAAAGCCCUAGCAUUCAAAAUGGAAUAGAAUAUCACUACGUGACCAUCACACUUGACUUACGGCAGGUAUUCCAGAUUGCUUAUGUCAUUGUGAAAGCAGCUAAUUCACCACGGCCUGGAAACUGGAUUUUGGAGCGUUCAUUAGAUGGUAACAAUUAUGAACCCUGGCAGUACCAUGCUAUCACAGACACAGAAUGUCUGACUCGUUACAAUAUCACUCCUCGCACUGGGCCUCCUUCUUAUGCAAAGGAUGAUGAAGUUAUAUGCACUUCGUAUUAUUCCAAAAUCCAUCCUCUAGAAAAUGGAGAGAUUCAUACCUCCUUAAUCAAUGGGCGGCCAAGUGCAGAUGAUCCUUCUCCAACACUAUUGGAGUUUACAUCGGCUCGUUAUAUUCGCUUAAGAUUUCAGAGGAUACGGACACUAAAUGCGGAUUUGAUGAUGCUUGCACACAGAGAUCUCAAUGAAAUUGAUCCAAUAGUCACAAGGAGGUAUUAUUAUUCUGUGAAAGACAUCUCAGCAGGAGGAAUGUGCAUCUGUUAUGGCCAUGCAAAAGCAUGCCCAUUCAAUCCAGCCACAAAUAGAUCUUUUUGUGCAUGUGAACAUAAUACUUGUGGAGAGAGCUGUAAUCGGUGUUGCCCUGGAUUUAAUCAGAGACCGUGGCAAGCUGGGACUUUCCUUGUAAAACAUGAAUGUGAAGGUACUGUAAUUGCCUUUUUACUCAUAGUUCAUCAUCCCAAUAUAAAGUUAAUAAUUGCUUCCAGCUACACCACUUGCAUUUAA